AUGUUCUUGUUCUUCCUCCCCGAGAUGAGCACGCACAACCCUCUACUCUGUCGCGCGGAGCGGCUCCGCAAGCUCACAGGGAACCAGCGCUUCAUGUCGCAGAGCGAAAUUGACCAGCGCACCAUGCGCUUCCGGCACGAUCCCGCCAUGCUCUUCGUGCAAAUCUACGUCGCCAUCAUCUACGGCAUCUACUACUCCUUCUUCGAGGUCUUCCCCCUCGUCUACAUCCCCCUCAGCUACCCGCAGUACCCAGCCAGCCUCUUUGCAGGCAAUGACUUCUACCGGAGCGCCCUCGCCGCCGGCAGCAUUCUGUUUGCGGAGCCCCUGCCCAACAAACUCGGCGUGGCGACCAAGGGCACUAACUAG